AUGUCUUUGUCCACGCGUGACUUUGUGUUGCAAGUAAUACAAAAAUAUAAAUCAUAUCCAUGUUUAUGGCAAGUAAAACAUCCUGAUUAUCACAACAGAGAAAAGAGAAAUGCAGCGAUGAAUGCUUUGUUGGAAUUGUUUAAAACAAAGGAUCCACAAGCCAACCUAGAUACGGUUAAGAAAAAGAUUACCACUUUAAGAAAUUGUUUUAAAAAGGAAUUAAAUAAGGUUAAGGCAUCACAAAGAUCUGGAACAGCAGAAAUUCAUGUCCCUAAGUUGUGGUACUACAGUGAAAUGUUCUUCUUAGCAGAUGUGGAUGUACCAAGGGUCUCAAGAUCAGUGAAUUCCAUCCUCGAUGACAUGCCAUUUGAAGAUAGUGCUGAGAAAUUUAGGGUAACACAAGAGCAAAGAAAAGUAAUGCUAGAAUUUAUGAUGGAGCACCCGGACAUUUCACAAGGUCGGGUUCCAGAUGCUGAAAGUGCGCGAAAGAAAGACGAAAUAAUAAAAGAGCUGGCCCGCCGUCUGAAUGCAUUGGAGUCUGGUACAACCAAAACACCAGAAAAAUGGUGGAAAUGCUGGCUGGACUGGCGUUCAGACACCAAAGCCAAAGCACUCCGAAUGAAAAAAUACUUGGAGGGAACUGGUGGUACACAUAUCCCUGCGCCACUAUCAAAAUUAGAAGAGAUUCUUCUAGAAUUUUCCGGAGUAGAUCCACUUAUGGGAACCAGACAAGACACAGAUUAUGCUUCUGAUUGUGCCUCAGAGUCACUAAUGGAUUUUAAGCCUAUUGAAAUUUUCAACACUUUAGAAGAGUGUUGCAACAGUAAAAAUAGUAAUUUAAAUAACAAUGAAAAUUCAGAUAUAGAAACUUGUUAUUGCGCAAAAAUGGAAAGUAUCAACACAAAUGACUGA